UUCGCGUUCCGAGACCCACGGGAGCACGAACUUUCCGCGCACCGUCUCGCGCACGCACGGCGACUGGGACCGUCCAGUGUCCGUCUUUUCCUUCGGGUUUUCUCCGCAGAGACUCGUGCAACGUGUGGCCAGCGGCCACGCGGAGGCGACGAGGAGCUGCACGUCAGGACAAAGUGGGGCAGUCAACGUCCAAAUCCGAAAACCUAGCUAAGUCUGGGUUUUCGCCACAACCAAGAAGCCAACCAGAGCAUGGUCUUGGGCUUCGAGUGAUGAACAACGAUAAUAACUCAUCCGUGGAAAGCCUUAACUCAGCUUGCAACAUGCAGUCUGAUACUGAUACUGCGCCACUUCUUGAGAAUGGCCAGGAUGCCAGCAACCAGGGAGCAGCGGCUGCCAGCUCCCGGGGACAGCCACAGGCGUCCCCAAGGCAGAAAAUGCAACGCUCGCAGCCUGUGCACAUUCUUCCUCUCAGGCGCCUUCAGGAGGAAGACCCGCAGCUCAGAACUUCAUCUCUUCCGGCCAUCCCCAACCCGUUUCCGGAGCUCACUGGUGGGGCCCCUGGGGGAUCUCCUUCGGUUGCUCCUAGCUCCUUGCCUCCACCUCCGAGCCAGCCUCCUGCCAAGCAUUUCCCUCCAGGCUUUCAGCUGUCGAAACUCACCCGUCCCGGUCUGUGGACAAAGACCACUGCGAGAUUUUCAAAGAGGCAACCUAAGAACCAGUGUCCAACCGACACUGUGAAUCCAGUGGCACGGAUGCCCACUUCACAGAUGGAGAAGCUGAGGCUCAGAAAGGAUGUCAAGGUCUUUAGUGAAGAUGGGACGAGCAAAGUGGUGGAGAUUCUAACCGACAUGACAGCCAGGGACCUGUGCCAGCUUCUGGUUUACAAAAGUCACUGUGUGGAUGACAACAGCUGGACUCUGGUGGAGCACCACCCACAACUGGGAUUAGAGAGGUGCCUGGAGGACCAUGAGAUUGUGGUCCAAGUGGAGAGCACCAUGCCAAGUGAGAGUAAAUUCUUAUUCAGAAAGAACUAUGCCAAGUACGAGUUCUUUAAGAAUCCAGUGAACUUCUUCCCGGAUCAGAUGGUCACUUGGUGCCAACAAUCCAACGGUGGCCAGGCGCAGCUUCUGCAGAAUUUUCUGAACUCCAGCAGCUGCCCUGAGAUCCAGGGCUUCUUGCAGGUGAAGGAGGUAGGACGUAAGUCCUGGAAGAAGCUGUAUGUGUGCCUGCGCAGAUCUGGCCUCUAUUACUCCACCAAGGGGACUUCAAAAGAACCCAGACACCUGCAGCUGCUGGCUGACCUGGAAGAAAGCAGCAUCUUCUACCUGAUUGCUGGAAAGAAGCAGUACAACGCACCCAAUGAACAUGGGAUGUGCAUCAAGCCAAACAAAGCGAAGACUGAGAUGAAGGAGCUUCGUCUGCUCUGUGCCGAAGAUGAGCAGAUCCGUACUUGCUGGAUGACAGCCUUCAGACUCCUCAAGUAUGGAAUGCUCCUGUACCAAAACUAUCGCAUCCCGCAGCAGAGGAAGGGUCUGCCCCCUCCUUUCAAUGCACCUAUGCGCAGCGUUUCUGAGAAUUCUCUUGUGGCCAUGGAUUUUUCUGGACAAGUUGGAAGAGUGAUUGAUAAUCCGGCUGAAGCCCAGAGUGCUGCCCUGGAAGAGGGCCAUGCCUGGCGUAAGCGAAGCACUCGCAUGAAUGUCCUAAGCAGCCAAAGCCCUCUUCAUCCUUCGACUCUGAAUUCAGUGAUUCACAGGACUCAGCAUUGGUUCCAUGGACGUAUCUCCCGCGAGGAGUCUCACAGGAUCAUCAAGCAACAAGGUCUCGUGGACGGGCUGUUCCUUCUUCGUGACAGCCAGAGUAAUCCAAAGGCGUUCGUACUGACACUGUGCCAUCACCAGAAGAUUAAAAACUUCCAGAUCUUGCCUUGUGAGGAUGAUGGGCAGACCUUCUUCACUCUGGAUGAUGGGAACACCAAGUUCUCCGAUCUGAUCCAGCUGGUCGACUUCUACCAGCUCAACAAAGGUGUUCUGCCCUGCAAGCUGAAGCACCACUGCAUCCGCGUGGCCUUGUGACCUCCCUACCCGCUCACUCACAGAGGCUGGAGGCAGCAACACUGGAACGGAGAAGAGAGGCCUGCAUGAGGGUGAGAACACACAACACCUACUCCCACCCAAGGACUCAGAACAACAUGGCUUUUUGAUCGGUACCAACCGACCUACAUCAAUUAGUUAUUGGACUUCACAAAGAUUUGCCGUUUCGGAUCAAGCAGGACCACCUCCCUCUGCGUCAGCCAUUUAAAAUUGGGGGAGGGAAGAGAUCCAGUGCAAGUGUGGGAAGAAACUGGAAUGACGAUUUUGAUUAGGCCACGUAGGGUGAAAACCGCAGAGAAAAUGAUUGGAAAUGAACUCUUGCCCUGGAAUAACCUUGACAAUUCAAAACGCGAUGUUUACUUUUUGUAUUGAUCACUUUUUUGCACUCCUUCUUCGUUGUCAAUGUUGUACUCGGCCUAUGGUAGGAGAGGAUGCUGUGGCUUUGCAACCCAGAUGAGACAAAGAGUUUUUGAAUUGGCAGGCUUCGGCCUACAAAUGGCUCCCCAAAGUUUUCUAGAUGGCAUCCUGCUCUCUGCAGGCUGCAACAGUGUGGGUUUGGCUCCUACAUUAUAGACACCCCAGUCCUCCCCAUUAUACUUGAAAAGCGCUUUUUUUUUUUAAACAAAAAAUAAUAAAAUAAAAGGUGUCAUCCGCAGAUGACACCAAGCAUGUUUUGUGGACGCAAUCAAGCUGCCACAGUCUGGUCAUCGUUGUUGUUGUGCUGACGUCUGGUCAUUUAUUAUUAGUGUGUCUCGUUCUCCACAGUGCCGGAGACCUCAUAACUUUGGAAAACUCACUGUUCCCAGCACAGCACAGCUGCAUGACCUCAGCUUCAGACUGAUGUCAGCCAGCCUUCUUGGAACACAUUGGUAUUCAUUGUGGAUGCCACACAGUCCAUCUGGGGUGCCCUGUGCCUCCCAUUUUCACAGCCGCCCACUGUUGUAGAAUAAUCGCUGCCUUUACCCUCUGCAGUAGCCUCAGUCAUUUCAG